AUGUCGUUUCUUGCGAGCAAUUGCCGGAAAUCCAGGUCAAGCACUAAAGAAAAGGGCAAGGAUAGGGCAACCAAAGACAGGCCGAAGGACAGAUCGACCAAGAAGCACAAGAAGAAGGACGAGAAAAAGGACAAGAAGAAGGCCAAACAUCAAGAGCCACUUGUUGACCUCUACUGUGCGAUUUAUACACCACAUUUUGGCAACUAUUACCACUGGGCCUUCGCAACCCACAAUCAGGCGACGAGCCAGUGGCACCUCUUCCAAGUCGUUCAGGAUGAACAAGAUGGUCCCUUCAGGCCUGAGGGUCGUCAAACAAACCCAACAAACUCCGAGAGAUGCCACCAGCCCCUCACGUUCUUAGGUCAGAUGCACCCAGGCUGGUGGGACACACUCGUCCAGCAAAUUGGAAUGAUCCAGGUUCCGGGGGAGGGCUUAGGCUGGAAUUGCCAAGACUACGUAAUGGACAUAUGGGAUGCUCUGCAGGCUGGUCAGAUGAUUGACGAGCUGACGUGGUACGAGGGCAGAGAGGAGAUGCUUCCAUAUUACGGCCAGGACUUUGGUGGAGACGCGGAUGAGGAAUCGGAGGAAUAUGAGGAACAAGAGGAGCAGGAAGGCCAGGUCAUGUCGCAAGAGUUUGUCUAUGACUCGAGUGAAUGA